GCGGCCACGUGGAGGGCCUUUAGUAACGACCCUUUAGUCCCGGUUAAAAAACCGGGACUAAAGGCCCUUAUGAACCGGGACUAAAGGCCCUUUUUCUACUAGUGUGAUUGAUUUGAUUCACACACGUACGCGUGCGGCGUGCAACCGUGCCUUGCGUCUAGCGCGAUGCUUCGUUAGCUAGCUAUCUGUAGGGCCUAGCCCAUCUCCUUUAUUUUCUCUCAUAUUUUUUUCGUUACUUAAUUUUUUGAUGGGCUAUACUAUAUAUGUACACUGCAUCAUGGGCCCCCUCCGGCCUGGGCCUUGGGUCGUCGCCCCUCUGGCCAUACGCCAGAGCCGGCCCUGCACCCAGGUCUGAUUCUUUCUAUAUUACUACUUUCUAAUCAAGUCAAGCAUAAUACAGUCAUACACUAUAUUUCGUUUUUGGUCAGUUUUCCUAGUUACUGGUUGCUCCAGGAAAAAAUGAGUAGAAAUAGAAACAUAUCAUGCAUCGAUCGGUGCAGAGGCCGGAGGUAAUCCUCCUUUUCAAAAAAAAUAUCGUUCAUAAUUUUAUAUAGCAUGUAUCACAAAUCCAUCUAUGUAGGUGACAUUCAUGAAGUGUGGUGGAGUGGUCUUAGGGAUGGUAACACACCAUGGAGUUGUGGACGGCACUGCCGCAUUACACUUCUUGCAUACAUGGGCAGCAUUCUCCAGAGAAGGCGACCGAGCUGUAGUGAGAAUCCCCUACCUUGACCGCACCCUCCUGUGUGCACGCAACCCACCUGUUGUUCGUCUGGACACCUUUACCAUAUUUUGCCCCAAGAUAAUCCUAUCCCAGGCGCCAGGUCCUGUCGUCGUCAAUGAGGUUCUCAUCCUCCGCAAGGACCAACUUUCCACCCUUAAUCACAUAUGUGGUGGCAAAGGCGUGAGCACCUUCAGCACCGUGAGCGCCCAGGUGUGGCAGUGCAUGUCUCUAGCCCGACAGCUACCACCAGACUCCACAGUGCGCCUUGCAUUCAUGGCGAAUAUCCGACGUAGAAUGACGCCACCUCUCCCGGGCGGCUACUUUGGCAAUGCAGUAAUAAAUCUAAGUGUCAGCGACGAAGCACGGACCAUCUCCUCGGGCGACCUAGCAUACAUUGCGUGCCGAAUCAGAGACACCCUAAGCCGGGUGGACAAUGAGGUAGUGCAUUCGGCGGUCGACUAUCUCGAGCUAGCAUUGGCAGAGAGGGACAACCGCCCUGCUUUUGGCUAGUCAUAGAGGGAGUAACUUAGCAAGUAACAUAGUGCACUCCGAGAAUUUUUUGCUUAUGUGGCAUGUAGUUAAUGAGAAGUGGUAACAUAAUAUGUUACUAUAACAUAACGCUUUCCAAGACAAGAUGAGUCUACAAGCUAAUUAAUGAAGUCCUCUAUGACACUACUAGUAUGUUAUUUUGCACUAUAAAUGUAGUAAUUUAGACUAGUGUCAUAUGCAUGACACUAGUAUAAGUUACUCCCCACUAUAACCAGCCUUAGGCGAUCUGCCGGCGAUGGACAUGCGAAUGGUUAGCUGGCUUGGUAUGCCAUUCUAUGAUCUGGAUUUCAGUUGGGGUAAGCCAAUGGCUAUGUUGCAUGCAGUAUCAAACCGUGGAGGCUUCGUUCAUCUGAUGGAGAGCAUGCAGGGGGAUGGUAGUGUGCACCUGGUGAUGUGUAUAGAGGCAGCAAUUCUUGGGGAGUUCAAGCGUUUGUUGUAUGUCAAGUUCGACAACAUGGUGUAUUCCAAAUUCUAGCUCGCUGCCUCCAUUUAUUUCUUUUCUUUGAGCACCUCCAAUGUAACGAGUCAUGGUUAUUUGUAUCCAAAUGUUUCUGGAUAAUUAAUUUUAGUUUCAGUUAAUCCAGAUCUAACGGUGUGUAUGGCUCGAAAUGUAUUGCAGAAAUGGACAACUAUGUA